GUUUGUUAUGUGGAUUUACACGGUACCGGUACCGGUACAGGAAGAGGUCAAUCAGAUAGGAUCGCCGAGUUUGCAUGAAGAAAUUUUUUAUUUUCCACUGGACUUGUAGGUGACCAGCUGAUGUUAGAGUGUAUCUUCCAACGUUGAAUUGAUAUCUAUCAUCUGCAAAUAUGGAAGAUACUGCACAAAAGAUUCGGAUGAUAGAGGAAAAAUUGGCAGUUGAUGCUGAAGAGUUAACUUUUAUCAAAGAUAACUUACACAAGAGUCAGCAUAUGAGCCAGAAUAUGGUGAUGAUCCUGACAUCUUUUGAGAAUCGUCUCCGCCAGCUAGAGGAAACUAUCUUACCCGUCCACAGGGAGACAGUCACCUUGCAAAAACUACAAGAGAAUAUUGAAUGCACCCUAGCUUCAUUUGAUCACGUUCUGAGCUACCAUGAUGCUGUUAGAGAAUUAGAAAAUGCUAUCAAGGAAGGGCCUGGAGGAAACUAUGAAAAGUAUCUCAGUCAGAUGGCACAGAUACAGGAAGCUCUUGACUUCUUUGCCAAGAACAACCCAGGAAGUCCAGAAUUGUCCAAAGCAACUUCAAUAUUCAAUACUGGUAAAGAAUUACUUCAGCAUGAAUUCAGGAAUCUACUUUCUAGACACAGUAACCCUGUUCCUCCAAUCAAGAUCCUAGAUAUCCUGGGUACAGAUGAAGAGUUGGCUCCAGAGGAUGCGUCAUUCAAGCAAUUACCAGAUGAUGUCAUAGAAGAACUUUCUGAGAUUUCAAGAUGGUUGCUAAACCAAGGGCAGACUACAGAGUUCAUUGAGAUCUACCAUUCCACAAGAGCAGCCACACUGAGAAAAUCCAUGGAGGGACUCAAAGAUCACCUUAAUAAUAAAUCCGGAGGGACAGGUCCUGGUGGGCCAUAUUCCCCUCUAGUGGUUGGUGGUAAAUUGCAUAGAGGAAAAGAGCAACCACUAAAGAGAACUUCUCAUCUUCUAAGAUCGGGAGGAAAGGGAAAAGUCUCCUCUAGUAUGUUUGGCCAUAGACGAACUGGAUCUAAUGUAUCAGAGAAUACCUCAACCAAAGAUGAACAGUUGGACCCAGAGACUGCCUGCUAUCUCUUCUGUGUAUCAAGUCUUAUUAAACUCAUGCAGAGUGAAUCUCAGCUAAUGGCAAACAUCAUACCUGAUGAACACCAGAAGAAAACCUUUGAUAGGAUCAUUGAGAAACCUCUUGAUACUAUUCUACAUGAUGGAGAGCAAAUCAUCAGUGCAGCAAAGAGAGCUAUAGCCAAGCACGAAUACUCUGCCAUCCUGGGUAUAUUCCCUGUGCUGAAACACCUACUAGCCGUCAAACCAGACUUUGAUGAAGCUUUACAGGGCACAGCACCAAGUACGCGUAGUAAACUACCUAGUCUCAUCUCCAGUCUGGAAUCAACAGGAUCAAAGGCUCUGGAAGAAUUCUUUGAUAUCAUAAAGAAUGAUCCUGAUAAAUCCAAUAUGCCAAAGGAUGGUACUGUCCAUGGUUUAACCAGUAAUGCACUUAUCUUCCUUGAUAAUCUAUUGGAUUUUGUAGAAACAGCUGCUGCUAUGCUUGCCACACAAAAAGACCCCACCCUGCAGAUGCGAAGUGCUGAUCCAAAAGCAAAACAAAGAAGAGUUGCAACCUAUGUUGGUAAAGUUCUUGGAGCUCUUAGUUUGAACCUAGACCAGAAGGCUAAGACCUAUUCAGACCAGUAUCUUGGUGCUAUCUUUCUUCUCAACAACUAUCAUUACAUCCUGAAGUCACUCCAGAGGAGUGGUUUGGUGAAGUUAGUGGUAUUGAGUAAUCCUGAUAUUGAAUCUCACUAUGAAGACAUUAUCAAGGAACAGAAGAGAGAAUACUCCAGGAGUUGGAACAAGGUCCUAGCCUACAUCCUAGAAGUCAACAAACCAGUGGGUACACAGCGAUUAGCACAGGAUGCAAGCAAACUCAAAGACAAGGAAAGGCAACAAAUCAAGGAUAAAUUCAAGGGGUUUAACACGGAGCUUGAAGACUUGCACCGGAUCCAACGAGUCUAUUCGAUCCCAGACGUAACACUAAGAGAUGCAGUGAGGAGAGAUAAUAGAGACUUCAUUGUCCCCCAAUACUCCCAGUUCAGAGACAGGUAUUUCAACACAAACUUCACCAAGAACCCUGAGAAGUACAUCAAGUACACACCGGACAAUGUUAAAGAGCUUCUUGAUAAAUUCUUUGACCUAUGAGCACUGUAUCCCUGUUUUCUAGUUGGUCACACUCCAAAUUGUAUUGAAGUAGUAUGCAGCAAAUCAUUGUAACUGAUUUGUUGAUUUAGCUUACUUCAUGUAACUACAUGUAAACUUAAACUUAUUCAGUCAAGGUGUUCAGCCAAGCUCUAUAUAAAGUUAUGCAUUAAUUAAUGUACGGCUGAUACAUGAAAUGCGAUAAUGAUUUAAGUCAUGAAUUAUACUUUGGCUUGAUGAUUGAAUUGAACAGAUAGAAAAAUGGUCAGUCAACUACCCCUUUUAUAUUUCAACCUCUGCUAAUGGAUUGUCACAGUACAUCAGCCACUAACAUUCAUUAUCAUUCCUUUUUUUUCACCUGCUGGUGAACAAAUGCAAUUUUAGGUUGCCCUUAAAUGAUGCUUCUAAAAGUAAAAUGGGGAACACAAAAGCAAAAGUUGGAGAGCAGAGCUUCAAAUCAUAACCAGCUCUAAUCAGAAAUGCAGACCCCGACAUAUAUAACCAAAAGGUGUGGUGGUCCCCCUGCAUUCCCCCCAAUCAGUUAUAUCGGGAGGAGAGACCUGCGGGUCAUAGUGAUUCAGUUCGCUUUUCGCCUCCCAGGCACAGGUGACGCCAAACAAAUAAUAAUUUGGACCUAAAGCCAACAAAGUGUGUAUUCCAAAUACUUGGGAAAGAGCCCCUAACAAGAAGCAUGAAAAUUAAAGGCACUUCAG